GGGGACCGCUAGCCAGCACUAGUAUUCAAUUGAGCUACCACCAAUUCUCUCUCACACACAUCUAUAUACAAUACAAAAUUGAGGCCAAAGAGAACAAAAAACCAGAAAAUCAGAAUAAUAUAUUCACGUUGGCAUGCAAAUGAGCAGCCUAACCCUAUUAGUAUGCAGUGCCGUACUAGGGUUCCUCCUCCUAUACUCCAUCCUGGUGCGGCGGAGGCCAGAGAAGUUGCCGCCUGGGCCGAGGCCGUGGCCGAUCGUGGGGAACCUGCCGCAGCUGGGGCCCAAGCCCCACCAGUCGAUGGCGGCGCUGGCGCAGGUGUACGGUCCCCUCAUGCACCUCAAGAUGGGAUUCGUCCACGUGGUGGUGGCGGCCUCCGCCGCCGUGGCGCAGCAGUUCCUGAAGGCGCACGACGCCAACUUCUCGAGCCGGCCGCCCAACGCCGGUGCCAAGUAUGUGGCCUAUAACUAUCAGGACCUGGUGUUCGCGCCCUACGGACCGCGGUGGCGCUUGCUCCGGAAAAUCUGCGCGCUCCACCUCUUCUCCGCCAAGGCCCUUGACGACUUCCGCCAUGUUAGACAGGAGGAAGCGGGGAUUCUCUGCGGCGCCCUAGCAAGUGCAGGGCAAAUGCCAGUGCGCCUGGGGCAGAUGCUGAACGUGUGCGCCACGAACGCGAUUUCGCGCGUGAUGCUAGGGAGGCGGGUGGUCGGGCACGGCGGCGGCGGUGGAGACGAGAAGGCGGAGGAGUUCAAGGCGAUGGUGGUGGAGCUAAUGGUGCUCGCCGGCGUCUUCAACAUCGGUGACUUCAUCCCGGCGCUGGAGGGAUUCGAUCUGCAGGGUGUCGUCGCGAAGAUGAAGAAGCUGCACAAGCGCUUCGACGAUUUCUUAACCGCUAUCGUCGACGAGCACAAGAUCGACGGCCCCAGCAGAGGACACGUGGACUUGUUGAGCACGUUGAUCUCCCUCAAGGAAGGCGACGACACUCAGGGAGGGAAGCUCACGGACACGGAGAUUAAAGCAUUACUUUUGAAUUUAUUUGCUGCGGGGACAGACACUACAUCCAGCACAGUGGAGUGGGUCAUAGCCGAACUCAUACGUCAUCCUGAAAUUUUGAGGCGAGCUCAACAGGAGCUCGACUCGGUGGUGGGUAGGGACCGGUUUGUGACCGAGUCGGAUCUACCCGAACUCGUGUAUCUGCAAGCCGUGAUCAAGGAGAACUUCCGGCUCCACCCGUCGACCCCUCUGUCUCUUCCAAGAAUCGCGGAGGAGAGUUGUGAGAUCAAUGGAUACCACAUACCUAAGGGGUCGACGCUUCUGGUGAAUGUUUGGGCUAUAUCUCGUGAUCCAGAACAAUGGACCCAGCCACUCGAGUUUCGGCCAGACCGGUUCUUAGCGGCCGGGGAAAAGCCGAAUGUUGAUGUUAGAGGCAACGAUUUCGAACUCAUACCGUUCGGAGCGGGCCGGAGAAUUUGCGCUGGUAUGAGCUUGGGAAUACGGAUGGUCCAACUACUCACUGCAACUUUAGUCCAUGCGUUUAAUUUCGACUUGGCUAAUGGGCUUUCGCCCCAAAACCUCAAUAUGGAUGAAGCUUAUGGGCUCACUCUGCAACGGGCCCAGCCCUUGAUAGUGCAUCCCAACCCCAGAUUGGCCCCUCAUGUUUACCAUGCUUAAGUGUUUCCAUGCUUUUGUGUGUGUUUUCAGUUAUCUUGGCAAGUUUGCUUUCAUUGUUGUAAAUUUUCUUCCGUUGUAAUCCUUGCUCUUGUGAUUCCAGUGGAAAUAACCAACUAUGUACGAAAAUUGCUUCUCCAGUUCUCUUUGAUGCCAUUAAAUUAUUAAUUAGACGAA